AAAGUAACACGGACAAUUCGAAAAAGAGCCAUUGUCUCAAUAUUUUUGUAAGGUAUUGUGGGUUUCCUGGCUAAGAAGAAAAAAUCAGUCAAAUUUCAGCCUAAAAAUCAUUGUUUCUAUUUUGUACUUAUUUUUCAGCCACACCUACGCCACAUUGUUCUAAUAAAAAUAGGUGUAAGCAGAAAGAUUCUCGAAAGAAAGCUAUUCAUAACAUAAAAUUGCUCAAGCGAGACGUGAAAAUUAUUUUGACUACAAAAACAGAUUCGUGCCGAAAAUGCGCAGUCGAAAAAGAAGCAUGUGGAAGCGGCAGAUCUUCACUGUAUUUUUGUUUUUGAGCAUAAUUUUUCUUACUCAAAGUUUCUCAUGGGAAAUUUUAUCUCGAGAACAACCAGUUAAUGGGGCAAAACAAGAAGAAACUAGCAUAUGCACCAAGGAGAUCGACAUUGUUUUGUUAAUUGACUCUUCCGGUAGCGUUCAUGUGAAAUGGGACGAGAUUAUCGAUGCUGCACAAAUACUUCAGGCAAACUUCAACGUAAACGACAAUUCAACACGUGUUGGUAUCAUUGACAUCAGUGCGAUUGCCAAUGUUUAUAAACAUUUAGAUUCAAAUAAUACCAACGAAGAAGUCUUUCAAAUCCUGGAAAGGUUACGACCAAGACCUCAAAACGGGAUAACGAAUAUGGAAUUGGGUCUGGAAAUGGUGCUGAAAGUGAUGUUUUCAUCAAAUCCAAUGAGGCCAAAUUGCAGGAAAGCAUUAGUGGUGUACACAGAUAUUGCAAUUCAAAAUGGAGCAAUAAAGGACUAUUUUGUUUACAUGACAUCCAACCACAUUGAUGUCUACUUCGUUCAAGUUGGUCCGACACCAGCUAAUUCAGAAAUUACUCACAUGGCAGAAGCCCGCUUGAUAAAUGCAUACAACUUGAGCCAAAGUGGACUUGGUCAGGAAUCAAUAGAACAUUCGAUUUGCUAUGGUGAAACACUUGUAAAAUCAUCAUCUGCAGUUACUUCUAUCGAGGAGAAAGACGGAAGCUUAUAUGCGCACAAUAAACUUCGAGAUAUGCAUGGUGUACCACCACUAGAAUGGGAUACGGAGCUCGCCAAAAUUGCUCAUGACUGGGCGUAUCAUUUGGCCAUGCUAAACAAUGGAUUAAGUCAUUCGUCCAUGACGACCUAUAGUGAAAGUUUAGGUUUGCAUUAUGGUGGUGAUUCGUAUAUGCACUCCUAUGAAACAUCCCUCUUAUGGUAUAAAACUAUUAAAUAUUACAAUUUCAACAAUCCCAUGUACAAUUACUUGGCUGGAACAUUUACCCAAAUGGUAUGGAAGUCAACUGUUAAAUUUGGAUUUGGUAUAGCUUACAGGAACGAUACAAAAACAACAUUCACCGUUGCUACAUAUGCCCCAAAAGGAAAUUACGAGGGUCAAUUUGCUGAUAAUGUACCGCCACCUGUUGCCGGAUUACCACCGAGGAUUCCAGAUAUAUCGGAGUUAAUUUAUCCAAAACUGUCCAAACAAAAAAUGACGAAAGAAGAAUGCGCCCAAAAAUAUGGAACGCUAAGUUACUGCACCUGAUGAAAUUGUAUAGUCUCUAUACCGAUAAUUUGUUUAUGUUUAUGACUUUCUUUGACUCAUUUUUUGUUGUUGUCACGUAAUAUAUCACGAAUGGUUUAAUCUUAAACGAACGUAAGGAAGGAAACAUCGCGAUAGUGCUUGCCUGAAUAACAUGCAGCCCUAUCAUUAUAUGGGUAAAUGCGUAAGUUGAAAAUACCGUUAGUUAUGAAUUUAACGCCUGGUAACUCGAACCUCCAAGAUAUUAAACAAAUAGUUCGACGUUUUCGAGUCAAAAAAGCCCCGUUAAUUUAAGUGUUAUCAGAAAUGAGAUAAUGUAUCCAGUUAUAUUUUGUCAAGAGUUAAUAAAAACUAAAGAAAUCUAAAAUCUGACAUUUAUCGAUCUUUAAUUUCCAUUACUGGAGUAAAAAGUUUGAGUUAAUUGAAGAAAUUAACCUUAAGGGGAAUAAAAAUGGGUCAAGUUAACGAAUACGUUUCUCUCAAGUCAACAGAAUAUUUUUUUAAAGAAGCAUUGAGAAAAUCUUAAGGGACCCAAGAAAACAGUUCGAGAUAAUAAAAGUUUGAGUAAACCACUGUUACCAGGAGUUAACUGUAUAGAGUGUUUUAAGCAAACUUACUGCAAUCUAACGAUUUUUGAUAUUCUGUUUUUCACCCUAAUUUUUAUUACUAUUGUGACUGAGUAGCUGUGUUGUUUUUAUUACGUGUGUCCUUCCAUACAUUACUGUGUUUUCUGAAUAUACUAUAUAUUAAAA